AUGAAUUCCUUAAAGUGUGUUGCUGAAUAUUGCAUUCUUAAAUGCAAAUUUAAUACGAUCUCCAUCGACCUUUUACCUAGUGUUCAUCCUCUGCUCCGCCGCGACCAUCUCGUAUUCGCCAACUGCAACUCUACCAUGACAGAUAAUCUGCACGCUGCUCUUGGUUCGAUGUCGUUGGAGGAUGACGAACCUAUCACCCUUCCCGAUAGCCCCAGAUUCAGGGUGGUGGCAGCAAACGAGAUAAGUUUGUUGGGUCGUCUUCUAAACCCGGACUGUCAAUCAAUGGCAAAGAUGAUUGAAUACAUGCCUACUGCAUGGAGAGUCUAUGAUAUAGUGCGUGGCAUUGCUUUGUCAAGAGACCGGUUUCAAUUUAUCUUUCAACGUGAGGAAGAUCUCAUAACAGUUCUUAGAGAUCGUCCAUGGUCUUACAAUCAUUGGACAAUGAUUCUGGAACGCUGGAAUCCGGACCCUCCACCUGAUUUCUUAACAUCUUUCGAUGUUUGGAUCCGUAUUAAAAACAUCCCUGCCAUGUAUUUCARAGUCGAAARGAUGCACACUUUAGCCAAGGCCAUAGGCAAAGUGGAGGAGAUCGCUUAUGACCCCAAGGUGUCGCACAAAACAGAGUACAUCYGAGCUCGAYUCAACUUUAAUAUUGGUAACCCUGCGAGGAACACGAAGGUGUUYAAUAUUUCAAAGUCCCAAUCGGUGAACAUUGAGUACGAGUAUGAGAGGAUUCAUAAAAGAUGUUUCCACUGUCUUCGUCUUACUCAUGAGAAAGCCGCAUGUCCUCUUUUGCGCAAGAACCGUCCUCCGCCGAGACAGRAMCAUCAAAGUCCAAGUAAUACUCCCAAUAUUACGACAGCCAUGGUGGUUUCUGAACCUGUGAGGAGAGGAAUGGACGCUCCACCAGGCUUUCCUCCUCUGUUUCCAGAAUUAUCAAGGCAGGAUCAACGGAUGGCUCUCCUUUAUACCUCUCAUACUGAUGAAACGGAAAGGAGAGCUAGAAUUAACCGGGUCCAACAAUCUAUUMCRGAGACUGUAGRUGAUUCUUCUACGAUCCUCACAAAGAUUACUCACCAGAUAGACAAAGGCAAAGGGCACGUUUUCCAGUAUCCAGAAGACAACACACCUUUUAAAAGAAAUUGCCUUGUUGGGGAUGCUCCUAUUGCUUCUGAGCCUGGUAAAGAUGCUCCCCAUGGUUUUGCAGAGUAUGUCCUCUAA